AUGUUAAUUGUUUACAGAAGUGUUUUUAUUGACAGCCAAGUUGUUGGAUAUUUUUGGAUUGGAAUUUUUAUUUUACUUGAUAUUGUAACAGAUAUUAUUUAUUUGUUGGAUUGCUUUGUUCGUUCUAGAACUGGAUAUCUCGAUCAAGGCAUAUUAGUUCGGGAUGUUCAAAAAGUACUUAAACGGUACAAAAAGAAUAGAAUUGAGAUGUGGAUUGACUUGAUUGCUUGCCUCCCCUUGGACUAUUUAUUUGAAUUAGGCCUUCAAACAACAAAUCCAUGUCUUCGAUUUAAUCGGUUAAUUCGUCUACAGAGAGUUUUUAAAUUUACCAAUACUACAGAAAUGUGUGUUUCAAAACCAAAUUUAUACCGUAUAUUCUGUGUUUGUUUGUAUAUUUUAAUUUUAAUUCAUUGGAAUGCCUGCUUCUACUAUUUUAUUUCUGGCGUGUUAGGAAUUGAUUCAAAUAGAUGGGUUUAUGGAAAGGCUAAUUUACAAGCAUUGCCAGAGUGCAUUUUAAUUUAA